AUGAGUGUUAAUUAUGAUCGUGUUUGUAGACUGUGCUUGUCAUCUCGAGGUGAAUUACUGCCGAUAUUUUCUACCACCAGUUCGGAUGACUCGGAACCUCUCGUCCUUGCUGUGAAAAUUAAUGAGUGCGUGUCCGUUCAGAUAAACAAAAAUGACGAAUUGCCAACUAAUGUCUGCAGAAAGUGCAUGGAUAAUGUCAAUAACUGGCACACAUUCAAGUCAGUUUGUGAAAGGACACAAAACAAACUACAAUCUCUGAUUAAUAAAGAGAGCAGCCAUCUAGAAGAGAUUCAUAUUAAAACUGAACCAAAUGAGGGAUUAUCUGAUGGGGGUUAUGAUGAUGGAGUGGUUAUCAAUGGAUCUUAUCCUGAUGAUGAAACAGCUGCAUCCUCAAACAAGAUCCAACCUGAAGGCCCACCAAUAUUGGCAUCUUUGGGACUCACUCCGAGAAGUGAUAAGAAAAAUAUAGAUCCUCGAAUGGACUGGCAACGAGUUCAAGCUAUACUGGAUAUUAUAAGGGACGAUGAAGUUAUCGAUUCUCUCCAGUCCACUGAGGAAUGUGAAUUUUCUUAUAUAUCAGAUCAUGACUCUGACGUUGAAACAGAAUUAAAGGAUGAAGUUCCUGCUGCAUGCAGCAAUUCCAAAACUGGUUACAUUUGUAAGAACAAAAUUGUUCUAUCAAAAUUGCCAAAGUUAUCUUUAGCCGAAAAUAAAGCAAAAGUAAAAGAAGUAUCACAAUUGCGAAAACGAAACAUACAUACAAAUGGUGUCAAAUGCUAUCCUAGACCGAGAGAUGCGUGGCAGAUGCUCAUCAGUGAUGAUUUGCUGGAACUAAUUGCCACAUCUACCAAUGAAAAUAUGUCCAAGACGAACAAUCAUCCGACCACUAUGAAAGAAAUCAAAACUUUUAUUGGUAUUCUCUAUUACCAAGGCAUUAUGAGGCCGACUCAUGAAAAAUGCAGUGACCUCUGGGACUAUGACUUUGGACCGAUAUGCAUCCAGAGAGCUAUGAAUUAUCAGCGCUUUAAAGUUUUACUUGAAAACAUCAGUUUUGAUACAGAAGAUGACUCUGGAAUGAUGCAAUUGGACAUAAUGAAGCGCAUAAGAAAAGUAUUUGAAAUAUUUGCUAUGAAUUGUCGCACAUCCAUGGAGAUUGGGAAUAUUGCAGUCAUAGACGAGACGCUGCUGCCGGUUUGGGGCCCUUGUCCUUUCAGAUAUAGUAUUAAAAACAAGGAAAUGAAAGAGGGCAUGAAAGUUGUACUCGUUGUAGACCCAAAAAAUUUCUACAUCAGCAAUUUAGAUGUCAUCACAGACAGUUAUUUCAGGAGUGAAGACAUUGCCUUUAAAUUGGUGCAGCACUUAGCGGGUAGCGGACGCAUCAUCAUAAUGGACAGUUGGUUCACAUCUGUUAAUUUAAUCGAUACUCUUAGGAAAGAAUACAGCUUAUUUAGCAUUGCCGCACUGAAUCCAAACGAUGAAAACAUUCCACCGAUCUUCCUUUCUUCGGAUAGAAAAAGCAAACCGUUCCUCAAUGGUUUCUUCGAUAACGGCACGGUUCUGUCGUCCUUUGUGAGUGCAAAUUCCAAGAUUGGCAACAUAUUGAGUAAUGAACCAAGUCACUAUAAACGAUCACACACGACUCAUUCGGCUGUGUCCGAAUAUAAAAAAUACAAGUCGACGGUGGAAGUGGUCGAUGUCCUGAUGCAUUAUUACACAACUAUGCAGAACACCAAUGAUUGGACUUUAUCCUUGUUUUUCAUGCUUUUGAAUAUUGCAUCGGUGAACGCUCAAGUAUUGUGGAGUGUCAGCAAUAAUGGAAAUGUGUUGAACCGUCGUUUAUUUAUUCGCAAAUUGGCCUCGAGUCUACUGGAAACUCUAGAUGUAGGCCACGACUUGAGCGAGUCGCUCGCUUUGAAGAGGCCGAGGUUGAACCCUGUUGAAAAUAGAGUGUCGUAUAAUAAUAGGAGGAGAUGUAGAAUUUGUAUCCAGACCUCAAAGAGGGACAGACGAACCACACAGGCCUGCUUUAAAUGUGGCAUAUCUAUUUGCAAAGAACAUACAGGUGUCGAAAGCGAUAAAGAUGAAGAGGAAAUGGAAGACGAGGAGAUGAACGAGGAUCAGGCCUUCAACGCCCCUAAUGUACCCGAAGUGUCCAUCACCGUGAUGCGUCCUUCGGGCGAGACCUUACACUCGCGUCAAGGAAUACAACAACUGGCGUCUAAAGACUGUCUCGUGUGCGGCCGCUCUUAUAGAUAUUCUCACAAUGCCAGGCGACACGAACUGACAGCUCACAGCUUCGAUAGAUAUACAAACAAAAUAACGCCUAAAAAAUCACACAACCGGAUGCAUCCUAAAUUGCGACCCAACCCGUUUAACCCUAAAGCCCGGUUGAUGCCGAAUCCCAUCAGCCAUAAGAUGCAACUCCAGCUGCCCCAACUACAACAAUCUAUCAAACUUAUGCCUAAGAAAAUAAUUCCACCAAAACCGAUACCCAUCAGAAGCCUCAAGCCUUCGCAGAACAAUUUGCCUUAUCCGUUGCGUAUCAAGGCGCUUAAAGAUUUGCAAAUUAAAAAGAAGGAACCGCAAAUAUUGAAAACGCUACUUACGACCAAACCGGAGGUUCUGGUAUCGGAGCCAGAAAUUAUUAACUCGGGGCCCGAAAGCCCCGAAACGUUGAUAUCCGAACCGGAGAUUGCCUCAUUCCAAGUCGAAACUAUCUUAUCCGAGCCCGAUGGCUUCAUCCACCAAGACGACGCCGAUAAAGAUGACGACGUCCAAAAUCAUAACCAGAAUUACGAUACGGUCGAUAUGGAUUCAGAAAAUGAAAUUGAAAUCGCGCGUCAACCCGAUAAUGAGGAAGAAACUGGAGUUAGGCCCGAGAACGAAGCGGAAGACGAGGAAGAAAAUGCUGGAGACGAACAUCAGAACGAUUUAGGAAAAGAAAAUGAAGGUAUAGAUGAAAGUCGGGAGAAAGUAUCCGAAGAGCCUCACGAGGAUGGCGAAGAAGAUGCAAAAGAACCCGAAGAAACGGACAAAGACGUCGAUGACAGUCAAGAAAAUUACGAAUACGACCAAGACGGUGACCCUCCGAUAGCCCCUGUCGUGGAAAUAAACGAGGAUAUGCAAAAUUCGUACAACAGCGAAGCAAUUGAAAACGAAGAAGAGGAAUUGGAAGAUUACACCGCGGACGACGGUGGAGAUGGAGAAGAAGAGGCCAAAGAGCUGGAUCCGGACAAACAAUACGUUACUAAGACGCAAAGAGAAUUCAUUCUCAAGUAUCGGGACAUAAUCGAACAAAUCAAUACCCAGAGGUGUCUCUGCUGCGAUAGAGAACAUCCCCGAAGAAAAGCGGUCAUCCAGCAUUUGCAAAAAAACGGGCACAAAGUCCCCAAGCACACGUGCUACAAUUGCGUCGUUACAUUUUCUCAUAUCGGCGCUCUGCUGAGCCACAUGCGGUCGAACUCGUGCACCGAUUUGUGGAAAAUCAUCUACAAGGAAGGCGGCGUCACCGACGAUCAAGUGAUCGACGACGAGCCAAAGGUUAAAGUGCAAUACAAAGACAUUCUCAACGCGAGGUCUUACGCCUGCAAGCUGUGUCCCGCUAAGUUCCAAUUGAAACAAUUGAUAAUGAAGCACGUGCUCGACGUGCACGAGGAUGGCCAAUCGCACGUUGUUCUCGCGUGCGUACAUUGCGGCUCACGAUUCAAAGAUAAAUCUAUUUGGAAGAAGCACAUCCGCAACGGCGAAUGCACCGUGUACAUCGCGUGCGAUCUGUGCACCGAGAAGUUUGGCAACGUGCAGGACUUUAACGAGCACGCCGUGGCCGUCCACGCCGGCAAUUUCGAUCCCGACAGUCAGAGCAAGUGCAUCGACGGACGACCGACGGAUUGCCCGAUAUGUGAUAAGAAAUGCUGCUCUUAUCAGGCUCUCGUGAAACAUUUGAAAGCUAUUCACAACGAAGAGACCCCCCACUACUGCCAACACUGCGAGGCAAAGUUCGAACACGCCGCCGAUCUCGACAAGCAUACCUACACGGAUCACUCUCUCAAGAUGCUGGGAACUCAUGCUUCCGAGCCGGACAUGUCGCUGGUGAAAGAAGAGGCCGAGGAGUACCAUUACUCGUGCACCGAAUGUAACGCCAUAUUCGAGACGGUCGACGCGUGGACCGACCACCAGGUCGCCGAACACAACCAGGUCGCGCAUCACUGCGACCAAUGUGAGAAGAAAUUCUUGCGGCCCUCCGAACUGGCCGAGCACAAAAACAGCCACUUGCGUGUCAAAUUCUAUCCGUGCAGUUUGUGCGGAAACUCUUACAGUAGUCCUCAGAAGCUGUCUCAACACGUCCAACAGACUCAUCCCGGAUCGAGCACUAUUGGCGCGGGAGACACAGAUUUCUUCUGCGAUAUUUGUGUCAGAACAUUCAAAAGCCGCCAGGCUUUCUCGAACCAUAUGCGUAUUCACGCCAAAGUACCAUCCAACAAGAAAAGGCCGGGCGAUUCGAGGAGUUUCGCUCCGCAGAUUAUCGGAAAACCGAUACACUUUUCGAUGAUCCAACCGGGAUUCAGUCCGUUCAAACCGAACUGUAACGUGCCCAACGCUCCCUAUUCUUGUGAUAUAUGCGGCAAAGGGUUUAUGCAUAAGAAAAAUAUUUGGAAGCAUAAGAAGGUGUUGCACGCGGACCUUUUGAACGACAGACACAACGACAGUGAGGAGAACACCAUGCACGCCUCCACGGAGGAGGACGAAUACAACCCCGACGAAAAUGGGGCUAUUCUGUCGACACCUCAGUUUAACAGUUUCAACUUCGCCAACAUGACCAACUCCAUGCAAUCGACGCCCCAAGAAUCCAUGCAGUUCUCGUGCGAAUUGUGUUACAAACGCUUUCCGCUCAAGGCCAGCCUGUGGAAGCACAAACGCGCCAAGCACGGCAUCAUCAACCCUUCCGCUACCGACACUUCGGUCGAGGUCAACAACAGUCGCUCCAGUUGUACCAUUUGCAAAAUAUCUUUCGCCGACAAGAAGUCCUAUUAUCGACACAGGAAGAACGUCCACAAGUCGACGGUUCAAAUGUGUAAGAUAUGCGGGAAGCCAUUAAACUCGACGCUGGAGCUGUACGAACACUUAAAAUCCGAUCACGCGCGAGAACUGUUAGGCUACAACUCCUCUCAAGGCCCCGGAAAGUCUCAGGAGAUGACUCAGGAGGUGGAAGUGGAGUUCGAGGAGCGAGAGACCGAGCGCCCCGACCCCAACGCCGAGUACCAAGCCCGCUAUCCGUGCGACACCUGCGGGAAGCAAUUCGUGGGGUUGCUGGCGUUGCAGAACCACCAGUGCAUCAAUCAGCUGCCCCAGCAGCCGCAAACUUUUGACUGUGAAAUAUGCCACAAGAGCUACGUCUCGAUCGCCGCGCUGAAGAGCCACCGCGGGUGGCAUCUUCGCUCCCCGGACGGAAAGGCGGCCGCGAACAACUCGGGCCUUUGGAUGCCCCAGAACAAAGUGACCAGCAAAGUCAGCAAAUACGAAGUCGUCGACGCCUCUCAGCUGGCCCGCGUCUCCCACACCACGACGUCGGCCCCCUCCCCCUUGACCAAGCGCAGGCUGCCUCCGGAGGUCGAGGUGACUGUCGUCAACCCGAAUAAGAAGUUGCGAUCCGACGACUCCGGAGAGAUGGACCAGUCGACGAACGCGUCCGGGCCUUCGGACGACAGAUACUGUAGGAUAUGCGACCGAGAGUUCACCAAGCGGGCGGCCUACCAGCGCCACAUGGACGAGGUGCACCAACCGAACUCGGUGUUCUGCCCCGUCUGCGACAAGAGCUUCACGCGCAAGAGCACUCUCAUAGUGCACAUGAAGAAGCACUACGACGCCGGGGAGGGCGGCUCGGCCAACCUGCAGGACGAGGAGGGCUCGGCCUGCGAGGUCUGCGGGGAGCGCUUCGACGACCUCGACGCCCUGAACGCGCACCGCGAAACGCAGCACGGCGACGAAGAGUCGGCCGGAGACUCGGAGGACGACGGCUCCGCUCCGCCGGCGCAGCCCGGCGAGUUCACGUGCGCUCAGUGCGGGGACGGGGUGGCCACGCCCCGCGACCUCAUCGCCCACCGCACCAUGCACGCCACGCCCACCAAGUUCUUCUGCAACAUCUGCAAGGUGUACUUCGCGAGGGCCAUCGAUCUGUCUUCGCACACGCGGGCGAGGCACUCGGACAACGAGAAGGUGUUCUUUCCGUGCGCCAUGUGCGACCGAUUCUACAUGAACAAGAAGAGCCUGCAGCGGCACAUCGAGAUGGCUCACUGA